AUUUUACACACAAGGACACCAACCAUGGGCUCUGGACAUUCAACAAUAGCUCAGCUAGAGAAACAAACUGUCUUUCAAACAAAGGUCUACAGGAUUCCUGCUCUCCUCUAUGAGAGAGACAGUAAAACUCUCAUCGCCUUUGCAGAGCAGAGGAAGACUCCAGAUGAUGCAAGUGGAGAAAAGCUGGUUAUGAAAAAAGCAGAGGUGAAAGAGACGAACUCAUCUGGGAAGACAGUUGAGUGGUCAGAGCUCAGAGUGGUAAAAGAAGCCCAUAUUGAUGGAUACCGUCCCAUGAACCCCUGCCCGGUGUAUGACAAGGUCAACAAAAAACUUUUCCUGUUUUUCAUCUGUGUUGAAGACAGUGUCACUGAGCAGUGGCAGAUAAAAUGGUACUGUAACAAGGCCCGUCUCUGCUACAUUACAAGCACAGAUUUUGGAGAAACCUGGAGCGGUGUGACUGAUUUGACUGACAAACUGACUGAAAUAAAAGACUGGGCCACAUUUGCUGUUGGGCCAGGCCAUGGUAUUCAGACAGGGGGCCGCAGGUUGAUUGUCCCAGCUUAUGCUUAUUAUUCUUGCUGCAGAACUUCUUGCUUGUGUUGCUCUUGUAAAUCAAACACACUCUCCCUCUAUAGUGAUGAUUCUGGUGAAAACUGGAAGUUUGGUGAAAUGUUUCCAACUAAAUCAAAUGAAUGUCAAAUGGCAGAGGUUUAUGAUGACAACGGCUCCAGUUUCAUCUACUGCAAUGCUCGGAGUGACAAAUGCUGUCGAGUGGACGCUUUCAGUGAGAAUAAUGGUGUUACCUUUAGUGUGAUUAGAUGCUCUAAGCUUAAGGAAACAGGCUCUUCGGGCUGUCAGGGAAGUGUGAUCUCUUUUCCAGCUCAAAAGGAAAGUGCUAAUGCAGAACGCGAUCCAAGCCCAAACAAGUGGCUGCUGUUCACACACCCAACCAGCAAAUCAAGCAGGACUGAUCUAGGUGUGUAUCUGAACAAAUCCCCAUGUGAUCCAAAGGCAUGGAGCGAACCGACAAUCAUUAAUGGAGGACCCAGUGGUUACUCAGACCUGGCCUGCAUUGAUGAUGGUUGGUUUGCAUGUUUGUUUGAAUGUGGGCAGCAUGAAAUAUAUGAGCAAUUAGCCUUUGUUGUCUUUAGUUACAAUGACAUCAAGAAGAACACUGGAGAGUAG